AUGGUCUUAUUAUUUUUAAUUGGAGCGGCCUAAAUGUCAAAACAGAAAAAUAAAUAAUUGGUGGCUUUAGAAGAAUUUAAAAUUAAGUUUAUAUUAUGAAUUAUUCAAUUUUAGGAUUAUUUCUUGUCUUGGCACUAGACAACUUUGUGCUGUCUGAAUUUACAGCGGAAGAUUGUCGGACUCUCGGUUUCAUUAAGUCGGAUUUGAUGUGUUCUACGUGCAAACAAAUGGAUGAUUUCGGUCUAUCAGAAUUGAGAGAUCACUGUUUCGAAUGUUGUCAAAAAGAUGAUGAUGUCCAAACAGUUACCAAGAAGUACCCUAAAGCAGUUUUGGAAGUUUGUACGUGUAAAUUCGGAGUAUAUCCACAAAUUCAGGCAUUUAUAAAGUCGGAUCGUCCAGCCAAGUUCCCCAACUUGCAAAUUAAAUAUUUACGUGGAAUCGAUCCCAUUGUUAAGAUGAUGGAUAGCAACGGAAACGUAAAAGAGGUUUUAUCUAUUAGUAAAUGGAAUACGGAUACUGUUGAGGAAUUCUUUAUGACACAUUUGGAAGAAGUGGAUGAUCGGUCGUACUUGAAAACAAAUGAAAUUUAAGAUAUGAAUGUAUUUAAUUAGUACAAUAAAGUUAUUUUUAAAAGCAAU